AUGGCUUCUUCGGCUAAAAAGAGGGCGGUAGGUCUGGGGGAAAACCCUCGGGAAAGUGAUGACAGCUCUGAAGAGAGUUUAGGUGAAGACGAGGAUUCCACCGGGGAGGACAGCGAAGUCUCCGAAGAGAUUAAUGAGGAAGUUACGGUGGACUUUGAAGCACACGCCGUUUCGCACAAUGACUACAAUGGAAUCAAGAAACUUUUACAACAGCUGUUUCUGAAGGCUCACAUCAACACAUCCGAGAUGACUGACAUGAUCAUUCAGCAGAACCAUGUGGGAAGUGUUAUCAAGCAAGCAGAAGUGCCCGAAGAUAGCGAUGACGACGAUCCAGAUGAAGUUUUCGGCUUCAUAACCAUGCUCAACCUCACAGAGCGAAAGGAUGUGCAGUGCGUGGAGCAGGUGAAAGAGCUGAUCCUAGACCAGUGCGAAAAGAGCUUGGGAAGCGUCGCUUCCGAGCAGCUGGAGCAGACGCUCGGCGACACAGCCAAGCCUGUUGGCCUCCUGCUGAGCGAGCGUUUUGUCAACGUACCGCCACAGAUUGCUUUGCCGCUACACAAGCAGCUACAGGAAGAAAUUUCAGAAGCCGAGCGGACCAACACGCCCAGCGGGAAGUGCCACUACUACCUGAUGAUCAGCAAAACGUGCAAAGAAGCCGGCAAAAGCAUUCCGGCCAGAGGCUCUGCCCCUAAAGACGAAUACAUGUUCAUCAACGCCGAAGAGGAGUUCUUUUACGAGCACGCCGUCACCAAGUUCCACUUCUCGGUGCAGGAGGAUGCCGACUCGUGCCUGAGUGGGCGCUGGUCCUUCGACGACGUUCCAAUGAAGCCGUUCCGUACAGUCAUGUUGAUCCCAGUGGACCAGACGCCCGCUAUCAUGGACAAACUGAAAGAAUAUCUAACUGUGUGA